AUGGUUACCGCAGAGCAGCUCCUCCGUCGGUGGUUACCGCAGAGCAGCUCCUCCGUCGGUGUCCAUGGUUACCGCAGAGCAGCUCCUCCGUCGGUGUCCAUGGUUACCGCAGAGCAGCUCCUCCGUCGGUGUCCAUGGUUACCGCAGAGCAGCUCCUCCGUCGGUGUCCAUGGUUACCGCAGAGCAGCUCCUCCGUCGGUGUCCAUGGUUACCUCAGAGCAGCUCCUCCGUCGCUUCACACGAGCAGACGGACGCAGCGUGAACAUCGACCACACAGACAUGGAUGAAAAAGACAGGAGCCAGCCCAAGAGGCCGUGGGAUACGUGUCGCGAGGUCCCCACCAUCGAAGACGAACAGACGCCAUGGAAGAUGAUCCAACUGCUGAGGGUCUUCACUCUCUGUGUGGUCGCUCUGAUCGUGUUUGGGUUGGCUCUAUGCAGCAAGACGUCUUUCCUGCUGCUCAUCACCUUGUCCAAUGAAGGCACCAAGAUCCUCUCCGACGAGCGGAAACCCGUCGCCCUGCUGUGUAUCGGCUGCUCUCUCAUCACGUCCAGCGUUCUUGUCUUACAGAAGAGCGUCUGGAAGGCCUGUUACAAAUCAUCAAAGAUGCCGGCCAAGAGUACCGUCGCUGUGAUUUUGUUCUUCGAGUUUGUUGUGUCUCUGGGUGCAGCAAUUCUCACGAUAGUCGCCAUGCCACACUUGGACAUCGUCACCAACGUGACCAUCCUUAAUGGUGUAGCCAUCCUCUCUGCACUACUACAAGUGAUCAGUCAACACACUGCGCAGGAAAGGAACCGCUUCCUGGUGCCGUCCAUCGGCGCCUUCAUCCUGGUUCUGCUUGGCUACAUCCUGUUCCUCGUGUUAUACAUCAUGAAGGAUCCCGCUGAUUCCAGGAUGAUGACCUGGGUCGGCCUGGCGGUUGGUGGGUCCUUCUUGGUGUCGUUGACCUGGUGGGAAAACUACCUGAGACUGAUCAGUGAAAACAGCAGCUCUAUUUUCCUCAAGAGGCUCAGUAUGGAUAUAAGAAGGAGCCAGAACAUCCUGCAUAUCCUCUCCAGCCUGCUCAGGAUCGCUGUGACCGCCUGCGUGCUCGGAGCCUACGUCCCCCUAAACAAAAUGGACUGGGACGUGGUCAGAUUCAUCCCCAGGCGUGAGACAACAAUCAUAGGCAUCAUCAUCGGUGUCCAGCUGAUCUCCUCUGCGCUCUGCCACUGGUUUUCACUGGUAGCCUGCAAGAUGCACGCCAUACGACGAUGCUUCAUCCUGCCUCUGUACCUGGCCUCUCUGGCUGUCAUGGCUCUGCUCGUCAUCCCCGUUAUCGUUUACUAUCAGGACUACAAAACCAGUCUGAAUGGAACCAGUAUCAACUUCACAAGUUACUGUGAUGUGGUUGUGGAUGGAAGAAGCGGAAACCUUAACGCCAGUGUGUUUUCAAAUCUGGUGUUGGAUGUAACACACACCCUCUGCUUCCUGGACAUGUCCAAUAGUUUGGACAUCGGCAUACUGACAGGUUCAGCAUUUUCCUGGUGGCUCGGCUUUGUGUUGGCCACUGUCCACCUUUGGAACCUCGGCCUGAACCGCAUCCAGAGGACUCAGGACCUGUUCAUCCGGAGGCUGUAUGAAGGAGGACUUAUAGAACAGUCCCUGCUCCUUAACACUCGAUUUGACAUCCAGACGUCUAAAAAGCGGAAACAACGGAGGCCUCUCGAUCCAGUGAAAGUGUUCCUUUGUGCGACCAUGUGGCACGAGACCUACGACGAGAUGAUGAAGAUAAUAAUUUCUUUGUUUCGAAUGGACAAGUACAGGCCAAAGAAGGAAGGACAGACGACAGAUGUGACCUUUGAAGGCCACAUCUACUUCGACGACGCCUUCAGCAACGUCCCAGGAAGUCAGGGCCGCCACGUCAACAAAUAUGCAGAGAUGAUGGUGGACAUAAUCCGAGAAGUUUACAGGUAUGAGACACACCGAAUCCCUGAUCAGAGUGUGGUGAGGACGCCGUACGGAGGUCGCCUGGUCAUCACCAUGCCUCAUGGAAACAGUCUGCGGGUUCACUUUAAGGACAAGCUGCUCAUUCGCCACAAGAAGAGAUGGUCUCAGGUGAUGUACCUGUACUAUCUCCUGGGCUGGAAGCUCUCCACCAAAAACAUAGAAAAAACGGAGAAAAAACAUGCAUUUAUAUGUGACAUGAAAAGAUGCUAUGUGUAAAACAAAGCACAUGUGGUUUCAUUCCUCCAGAGAGAGAAGCACAACACCUACAUCUUGGCUUUGGACGGGGACACGGACUUUCAGCCGGCGUCUGUGAUGUUGCUUAUCGACCGUCUGAAACGUUAUCCGCUCGUCGGCGCUGCAUGUGGAAGGAUUCACCCGACCGGAUCAGGUCCCAUGGUGUGGUACCAGAAAUUUGAAUACGCCGUUGGUCACUGGCUCCACAAGACGGCAGAGCACGUGUACGGCUGUGUGCUGUGCAGCCCGGGCUGCUUCAGUCUGUUCAGAGCGUCAGCGCUAAUGGACGACAACGUGAUGAAAAAAUACACAGUCAAGGCCUCAAAGCCGGCACAUCACAUCCAGUACAACCAAGGUGAGGACCGCUGGCUGUGCACUUUGAUGCUGAAGCAGGGAUGGAGAGUGGAGUACAACGCAGCGUCCGACGCUUACACCAAUGCCCCCGAGGAGUUCAAAGAGUUUUACAACCAGCGUCGUCGAUGGGGACCGUCCACCAUGGCCAACAUCAUAGACCUGCUGGGCUCGACCACCCUGAUUUCCAAGAGGAACCCGUCCAUGUCCAAACCCUACAUGUUCUACCAGCUCUUCAGCAUGGCUUCGUCCAUUCUGUCCCCGUCCACCGUCGUCCUCAUGAUUGCAGGUUGUUUGACCCUGCUGCUGGACAUUCAUCCAAACGCUGCUCUGGUCAUCGCUGUGAUUCCUCCGGUCAUCUUCCUCGGCAUCAGCUUUAAGAUCAAGUCGGACACUCAGAUCCAAAUUGCAGCGGUCAUGAGCAUCAUUUACGGCUUCCUCAUGAUGAUAGCAGCGAUGGUCAUAGUUGGGAACAUGGUGAAGGAACAAACCAUCCUGACUCCCAGCAGCCUCUUCAUCAUCUCCCUCGCCUGCUUCUACCUGGUGACUGCGCUCAUGCACCCUCAGGAGGUCAGCCUCAUCGUCUUUGGCUUGCUGUACAUCGUCUGCAUCCCCAGCGCCUACCUGCUGCUGACCAUUUACUCCAUGGUCAACAUGAACAAUGUGUCCUGGGGCACCAGAGAGACCACACAAAAACAAACAAAACAAGACGAGGAUCAGUUCUUCAGAGAGCUCACCGCCACGUAUCUGGAGCCUCUGCCCGAGGACAAAAAGAAGCAGAAACAGAUGGCUGAUGACCUGAAGGAGCUGAGGAACAAGAUCACCUUCGUGUUCUUCAUCUGUAACGCCUUCUGGCUCAUAGCGACCUUCAUACUGCAGCUCACGCAGACGUCCGUCUUCAUCCAGGUACCGAAGAUCGACAUCAACCUGCAGCUCACUGGAGAGUACAUUUUCAUCGACCCCAUCGGCUUCAUGUUCAUCCUGGCCUUCGUCAUGCUGGUAGUGGUCCAGUUCAUAGCCAUGCUGUACCACAGAAUCUACACGCUGAUCCACUUUGUGGCCUUUUUGGACACCGAGCCGAGGACUGAGCGCCACAGACAGGAAGUGACCAAGGUCGUUGAUGACAAAGGGAUGGUCGAUGAUGACGAUGGUAAUGAUGAUGAUGAAGACGAUGGCGAUGAAGACGAUGAUGAUUAUGACGACGAUGGCGACAGCAUCAUUUAUCCGAGUCUGUUCAACAGGAGAGACAACGGCGGGACUCUGGUGUGA